GCGGGGGGCGUGGCUGUCAGUGAACAGUGCUACGUGCAGAGGGCUCAGCUCGCUGUGGUGGACUCUUCGAAGAUCUGCAAGGAUUGCAGAGAGGGACGUCCCCGGACCUUCGGGACACCUUGGAGGACCAGGACCGACCGCGUCUGGCUUGGUUUGGCCCUGGGAGGAGACUCUAACCACUGGCUUCUGCAAUCUAUAACUGAACCUGAGAGAGACGGAAGAAGAAGAAGAAGAAGACGACUGCGCGCGGUGACGGGUAACGCUUUCACAUUCUGCUAAAGUCAUUAAAGCAGAAACAGCAGACGUCAUGGAGGACGACCUGAUGUUCAGCAUGGAGGAGGAGGGCAGCGCCAAGAGACCCCCCGACCAGCGGGCAUCCUCCCUGAGUGAUGUCAAUGCCAGCGAUGACGACGACGACGACGACGACCACUACCACUUCAUCGCCCCCAUCCUGGACGACUCUGCCAAAGAAAUCUGUCACUACUUGAAGAACCUGGUUUACACCCGGCAGCUGUCAAACUCUCUUCCCAAGAGCAACUUUGUGUACAAGAAUGAAACAGAAACAGUGGCAGAACCUCGGUCGUACAAGGUUUUGUCUGAGCGCGCACGGGAGACAUGGAAAAAAGCUAUCGAAAAGGCCAAAGCCAUGCCCGACCCCUGGGCACCGUUUCACCUGGAGGAAAUUGCGACAGAACCCUGCAUUCGUUACAGGUACAAUGCCAUCACAGGGGAGUGGGCUCAAGACCAGAUCCACCUCAAGAUGGCUGAUCAGCCGUUUGGAAAAGGGGCGAUGAGGGAGUGCUUCAGGACGAAGAAAUUGUCAAACUUCUCGCAUAGCAGCAACUGGAAGUCGGCAUCUAACUAUGUAGCGAAGAGUUACAUGGAGACGGUGGACAGGGACGUUUACUUUGAGGAUGUCAGGCUGCAGAUGGAGGCCAAACUCUGGGGGGAGGAGUACAACCGUCACCGACCUCCCAAACAGGUGGACAUCAUGCAGAUGUGUGUGGUGGAGAUGAAAGACCGACCAGGUAAACCUCUUUUCCACCUGGAACACUACAUCGAGGGCAAGUACAUCAAAUACAACUCCAACUCUGGCUUCGUGAGGGACGACAACAUCAGACUCACCCCGCAGGCUUUCAGUCACUUCUCCUUUGAGCGGUCAGGACACCAGCUGAUCGUGGUGGACAUUCAGGGUGUCGGAGAUCUCUACACUGACCCUCAGAUUCAUACAGAGCAGGGGACUGACUUUGGAGAUGGAAAUCUAGGUGUGCGAGGCAUGGCGCUCUUCUUCCACUCCCACCUGUGUAACAAGAUCUGCAAGAUUAUGGGCCUGAUGCCCUUUGACCUCUCACCUGCAGAGAAGUCACACCUGGACUGCACCAACAAACUGCUCAAGUCAGCCCAGACGGUGCUGAGGGGUUGCGAGGAGCCUUGCGGUUCCCCUCGCGUUCGUACCAUUUCAGGAAGCCGGGCACCGCCGCUGUUUUCCCGCCUAUCCGAGACUUCAUCUGCAGACGAGAGCAUGAGCGACGUGGACUCGGUCCCCUGCUCGCCUCUCAUCCUCGCAUCCCCGCUAGCUGCAUCUGGAUCUUUGGGCAGGUCGCCUAUUGGUUUAUCUUUUACUGGAAUGAAUGAACAUGAAAGACUGAACAAUAACAACAACGGUGAACACAAGGAAUCUGAUAGCGGUGGUGACAGCGGUUACCCCAGCGAGAGGAGGAGUGAAGGCGACCCAAGUGACCACGUAGAUGGGGCCCAUCAUCGAUACCAAAGACAUUAUUCCGAGUCAGAUGACGACAGUGUCAGACGGGAGAAGAUGGUGGCUAGACCAAGAGUCUCCGCAAACCCAAAUUCAUUCAAUCCUGACAGCGAAUGGCUGACAGAGGAGAAGUGGAGCUUCUACCAUUCGUCUCGUGCUCACGUCCACCGACCGUCAUGCGUGGCCACGGAGGUGGACCGACUCAACUCUCUGCUGCAGAAGAAGAUGGGCCAGUCAGUUCUCGGAAAGGUCCACCUGGCGAUGGUGCGUUACCACGAAGCGGGUCGUUUCUGCGAGAAGGAUGAGCAGUGGGAUCAGGAUUCGGCCGUGUUCCACCUGGAGAGGGCUGCCUUGUGUGGAGAGCUGGAGGCUAUCAUUGCCUUGGGACUGUGCUGUCUGCAGCUGCCUCACCACAUCCUGCCAGACAUGGAGCUAGAGGAUAAUGCAGGAAACAGGAUGAAAGGUUUCAAGUAUCUGCUGCAGGCUGCCGAGGCUGGUAACAGAUCUUCUAUGAUUAUCGUGGCCAGAGCCUUUGAUACAGGGCACAAUCUGUCAGCUGACAGAAAGCAGAAUUGGGUAGAAGCGAUUCACUGGUACGACCGUGCAUUGAACAUGGUGGACUAUGACGAGGGGGGCGAGUAUGAUGGGACGCAGGACGAGCCUCGCUACCUGCUGCUGGCCAGAGAGGGAGAGAUGUACCAAGAGGGAGGCUACAACCUCACCGCAGACCCACAGAAAGCAGGUGAUCUGUUUACAGAAGCGGCAGAAGCUGCCAUGGAGGCCAUGAAGGGCAGGUUGGCUAACCAGUAUUACAUGAAAGCUGAGGAGGCCUGGUCACUGAUGGAGGAGUAAUUCUGGACACACCUGAAAGUCCCGAAAACAACUUGCCACGGGAGUCUGCAUGUCUGAGAGACAGCCAGGCUAAUUAUUACACAUUCAGGAUACAACCUGGAUGGUUGCAGUUUACAAUUUUUUUUAUUAGAGAGUGGUGGAUGAAUGUUUUUUAUUGGCGCUUUAGGUUUGUGUCCGUGACUUCCAGGAUCUGGCUUAUAUCUCUAGGUCUCUCUUCCUCUAUCUCCUGUUGUCUUUCAUUUCCUGUCUCCUGGUUCCUUCUGGCUAAGUUACUGUUGUAUGAAUUAGAUAUACUAAAGAAUCAAAACAAAGAAAUGGUUUAUUACUUUGCCCCAAGCAUUAACACACUUACAUGGAAAGAAUGAAUGAAAAAACAUUUUUUUGCAACAUAAAACUGUACAAUAAAGUUUGUAUUACUUUU